UCGAGUUAUAAAACUGACAGUUUAAGUAAUUUGAUCAAAACAGAUUCUGUAGAGUGUGUGCGUCGUCCACUUACCAGAUAACAUUUCGAUUACCAAUAAUUAUUAAAUGAUUAAUUAAUCAGUAAUAAAUAAAACUGAGAAAAUAUUAGCCGUCAGUCGGGCGUGUGUUGUUUAGCAAUAAAAUGAAUAGAAAAAAAUUGACUAUAUUAUUAGUGUUGCUCGCAGCAGUGGUUGUGGUUGCGAUAGUACUAGCUGUAGUUUUGACUCGUAAAUCAAGUGCCGAGAGUCUAAUCAUUUGCGAGAAAUCAAAAAAUAGAGACUUGCUAUUCUGUGACCCGAGCUUGCCGAUAGAUUCACGAGUUCUGGAUUUGGUGGGCCAUUUAACGUUGCAGGAGAAAAUUUUCUUACUUGAACAUCAGUCGGGUGGUGCUUCUCAAAAUGUUCAGUUGGAUUAUUACAAUUGGUGGAAUGAAGCGCUGCAUGGAGUCGCUUGGAACUAUGAAUAUGUGGGAACAUUUUUCCGACCACCCACUGAAUAUUCAACAGUCUUUCCACAAAUUAUAAGUCUGUCCGCUUCAUUCGAUAAGGAAUUGUUUUUUCGGAUGGCAAAUGCUACUGGAAAUGAAGUAAGGGCCUUCCACAAUGCUGGCAAUGCAGGGUUGACCUUUUGGAGUCCGAAUGUUAACAUUUUCCGUGAUCCAAGAUGGGGAAGAGGUCAAGAAACGCCGGGUGAAGACCCUUACUUAAAUGCAGAGUAUGCACGAAUGUUUGUUAAUGGGUUCCAAGGAGACGAAUCGAAAGUUGGAUUCCUAAAGGCAUCCGCUUGUUGUAAGCAUUUUGCCGCACAUAGCAUUGAAGAGGGCAGGGAUUAUUUCGAUGCUGUCGUUACUGAUCAAGACAUGGCAGACACAUACUUACCAGCCUUUAAGGCGUGCGUUGAGAACAAUGUAACAUCAAUUAUGACAGCAUACAACGCAAUCAAUGGAAUACCUGUAACCGCUGACAAGUAUUACAUAACUGAUUUAAUUCGCGGACAAUGGGGUUUCGAUGGAUACAUUGUGUCUGACUGCGGUGCCGUCGAUGACGUAUAUUUUGAGCACAAGUAUUUAGCUACCCCGUCGAGCACUUGUAAUGCAGUUCUACAUGCUGGGCUUGAUGUGGAAUGUGGUACCUUUUUCACGAGACUGGGCUAUCUGGAAGCCGCUAUUACUGAAGGUCUUGUCACAGAACAAAUGCUGGAUACGGCGCUGUCAAGAGGGUUUCGAGUGCUAAUGCGUUUAGGAUAUUUCGAAAGAGAAGACAAGCGUCCGUACAAAGAAAUCCAAUCCGAAGACGCUGACAGUGAGUAUCAUAAACAAUUGUCACUUGAAGCUGCUGAGAGAAGCAUAGUUCUAUUGAAGAACAUCCCCAAUGAAUCGACGGGAAUACCAAUGCUCCCUGUGAAUAGGCAAGAUUUUGAUACGAAUGGAGCUGUUAUGGCUUUAAUCGGACCACAUUUGAACGCAAGCACAGUGUUCUUAGGAAACUACCAUGGUAUUCCGUCUUCAAUAAAAGUUCCAUUGAAUGAAAUACAAAACUUUGUACCGAAUUUAAAAUGGGAAGCUGGUUGUGACGUUGAUACAUUAAACAACGCUCGAUUAGACGAAGCCGAAGAGCUGGCACGUACGUCGUCAAGAGUGAUUCUUUUCGUGGGUAUAACUACGGAGGUUGAAGGAGAAAACGGUGAUCGUGAUAAUAUAAGCUUGCCUGGCCUGCAACCAGAGUUGAUCCGUCGUGUACUGGCAGUAGCACAGGAUCCUGUAAUUCUGAUUGUAAUUUCUGGAGGAGCUAUUGACCUGUCAGAUUAUAAAAAUGACUCACGUGUCGGUGCUAUUAUUUGGGCUGGUUAUCUUGGCCAGUCAGGUGGUGAGGCAAUAGCGAAUGUCUUGUUCGGAAAUUAUAAUCCAUCUGGGCGUUUAACGCAAACAUUUUACGACAACUUGUACUUGGAACGAGUUUCGAAACAAGAUAUGAACAUGAGACCCGUAAAUGACUCUCCUGGACGCACUUAUCGUUUCUACACUGGAGAAGCUGUAUAUCCGUUUGCCCAUGGGUUGAGCUACUCUACUUUUCAGUACACAUUUUCAACUGACGAAAACAUUCAGAUUCCACAGUUCGCCGAUUAUUGUAUAGAACUGAACCUAGUUGUUCGAAAUGUUGGUCAGCGAUCUGGAGACCAUUCAGUCCUAUUGUUUGUUUCAUCACCCGAUGCGGGACGGAACGGACGACCAAUUAAGAGCUUAUGUGAGUUUAAGAAACUUCAUAAUGUUUUACCAUCACAUAGCGAAGAAGUUCGUAUUUGCUUACGUCCUGCGAUGUUCGAACUUGCCAACGAACGGGGCGAAUUUGAGGUAGUCUUAGGAGAAUGGUCCCUAAUUGUUGGCGAUCUAACAAAGGUAGUUACGGUAAUAGAGUAAAUGAAAGUUUCAUUUUUUGUAAAAGCAAUUAAACGUUUGAAACAUACAAAAUUAUAUACAUACCUGAAAAUACCGAAAUAACGGUCUUCAUUGCAGUGUAAGCAUGUUUAUGUGGAUGACAUUAAUUUACUGAAUGUGAGGGAAAGUUAACCUUUUGUAAACGGUUAGACAUCUAAAUAAAACUAAGACUUAAG